UAUCUAUUUAUCGUUUAUUUUGGAAUAGAUAAAAUGCAAGAAAUGAUAUGUUCGAUAUUUUAUUAAUGUACACAACAAUUUUUUGUUUGUAAAAUGUCAACUUUAAAGUGUUAAGAUAUGCUGAAAAUGGAACACAUUGUAUAAUUGUUGUAUACAUAAAUGGAGUCAACUAAAUUUGUCAAGAGAAAAAAUCAUAUUUGUCAAUAAAUAAAUAAAUAAAAACAAUAUUGAGUUAUUGAAGCUUUAGUGGAAAUGACAACUAUAGUAAGUACUAUACAAAAUUACCCAUCAACCAUUUGGAAUGCAACGUUCAUAGCAUCUAAAAUUAGGCCUUAACUACUUUACCAAACCAUUGAAAAAUAUUGAAGUAUAAAAGUUAAGACAAUCGUCAUUUCAUAGCAUCUAAGAGUAAGCCUUUAAGUUCUCUACCAAAUUUUCUUUGAAGCAUCAUUAUCUAACAGUCCCAAUAAUUCUAUCAUUGAUUGAAAACUUGACUCGUUAAUGGUCUUUGAAUAUAUAGUUAAAGCUCGAAUAGGAUCAUGUUUCGAGCCUUGUUCAAAUUAAUGCCCAGUUCUUGAAGGUCACAUUAAAAUAGGGAAGUUUUCAUUAAGGCAAAACUUGAAAGAGACGGCGGCUGUUAAAUCCCAAUAAAAGAUUAUAGCGACCCAAAAUAAUGCAAGAGAUAUCAACAAGAUAUCAACAUCCUUUACAAGUAAACCAAGAAUUAUGGCAACAUCUAAGAAGAUCAGGCUCAUGAUGCCAAACGGUAGAAUGAAAGUACUAUUUUUAAAGUUUCAAAAUCCCAAAAAAGUUUUGGCAACCUCACUAUCACGGGGAAUGGGUUUACAGCAGAGUGAUAACAUAUCGUAUAUGCCCAGUCACGCAAUUGCCAGCAACAAAGAAGGUUCUAUUCUAUGUACCCAUGACUCAAAAAUUAGAACUAGGCAGCCGAAGUAAUCAAGAUAGAAAGGCAUUGAACCUAAAACAAGGUUACAAGGUUGAGAAAAGGGGAGCUUACUUGUGUCCAAAAUACGACCAAAAUUUGAACUCCGACAUUCUUGUCAUUUAUCAGAAAGAGGAUGAUGCUUCGGCGGCGGCCCAGAAAUGGGCUAACAGAGGAACGUGAUAAUGCACAAACAUUUUUUCAUCAUCUGAAUUCAUCUCCAUGGUGGAGAUUGCGACGAGGUGACGAUCGACGAAUGACAAAGUACCAAGCAAUUCGUGUCUUGGCAAAUCCAAAUGUAUGCACCAUUCAAGGAUUCUCACGUACGUCUCCGAAUAAAGGAAGUUCAAGCAAAGAAGUGAUUAUGGUGGAUCCUUUAGAAGCCAAGAGAUUAGCUGCAAAACAGAUGGAACGGGUCCAAGCAAAAGAGAAAUUAAAAAAACAGCGUCGAAUUGAAGCAAUCAACGGGGCGUGGGCCAUGAUUGGUCUUACAGCAGGAUUGGUCAUCGAAGGUCACACUGGAAAGAACAUUGUGGCUCAGUUGUCUGGAUACUGGGAUGCUUUUAUCGGCUUCUUUUUCAGAUAGGCAACGGAAAAUGCUGGUACGUAACCUGAUGGCUUUACUUAGACAUGAAUUUAUACUUCAUCUGCAGUGAAGUUCACAAAUAGAAGUCAAAACGUAUGAUUAAUUCAUGCUUGUGGAAUUACAGAAAUAUGUUUAUAAAUCAUUUGUUCUCGCUA